CCGCGGCCGGGACGGACUAAGAGCUCAGAGACGAUCGGAGAAGGAGUCGGAGCGCGCGCACUCGGAGGGUGUUGGCUUAUUGCUCGACUGACUACGACAUACUAGAGCACAAUAGGAUAGCAGCAGAUCAGCCAUCGUUAUUGCUCUGCCAUUGUUAUCUACCAUUUACUACAACGGCUCACUGUUGCCCCCAAUCGGUUAGCCAGUCAGCCAGCCAGUCAUACAUUCACGCAUCAAAUAGAGUACAGAAGACAUAGCGUGCGGGCUUUAUUACCGCCCCGGCCGAAAAUCUGCGAAAACAGCAACAGUUAAAGCAUGCUAGAAAAAAGAGCCAUUGCUGAAAAAGGAAAAAACAGGAGAAGGCAACUACUGGAAGAUAACUAACAUCAACAACACCAAACGAAGAUCAGCGGCGGUGAGUGAACCGACAACGGAUCUGGUGCUUUCCGAUUGCAACCAAUUUUAGAGAAACUGCCUACGUAUGUGUCUAACGUGAUAAAUUCACAACAAAAGGUUGGAGUUUGCUGUGUCCCUUCGAUCAGAAGUCCUUUGCAAAAGAAGGCUUGCCUUCGUUCGAUUGAGUGGCGUUCCGUUUGUUGUUCGGUGGUGAGAAAGGUAACAGCGCGGAAACAUCGCACCGCCUUGGAUUGUAACGAGAUCACUGUUCAGUUACUACAGUAUUGUUAUCGUCCGGCGUACGGCUGUUACUAUUAUCAUCAACAACAACAGCACCAGUAACGAGCGGUUUGUGUGAGUUGCGAUUUGGGUUUCCAUUCAGUUGAGCGGUAGGAAAAAAUAGUUGGAGAAGUUAAUAGAAGAAAAAUAGUUGGAGUGAGAAGAAAAAUCAGCAACGAAUUUGAUUAGAAGGAGCACGAAGGAAGAUAUUAUCGGUGACUCGAUCAACAGUAGAAAAACGAACGUCAGUCAAAAGAUCAACAGUUUCAAAAUAAAAUUGUUUUCUUCGAGUACACACUUCCCUUUUUACGUGUUGUGUAUAUAUAUAUAUAUAUAUUAGUAGCAGUGGUGGCUCCCAAAAAUUCGCCUGUGUAUUUAGUCAUUCAUCACGGUGGGUGUGAGUGUGUCUCUUUCUAGCAAUCAUUUCAAUGUAAAUCUCAAUCACACUAUUGUGCGUGUUCUGUGCUUUGUCUACACGUGCAUUUGUACGUGAGUGUCAUGUGUGCGUGAAUAGAUCAACGAAGUAAGCAAUCAGCCAACGAAAAAGUCGAAGCAGAAGCAAGCCUCUUAGAAGAGAACGACAACAAAUAUCUAAGUAGUAAGAAUUAGUAAUCAAAUAUGACUGUGAUUAUGCCGAUAUUGGUGAUCGUGGCGAGCUUGCACAUGCUCACGUUCUGAGCGUGUGCUCGGCCCCCAGUGGCUUUCCGCGGCCCGGCAUUGUUCGGUCUGUCGGGGUGUGUGUGUGUGUGUGUGCGUGUGUACGAGGACAGUGGCUGUCCCUCAGCUGAAACAGGGGACCUGGAUUGUUUGAGAUGUCCACAAGGAGGAAGCAGAGGCUGCCGAAGCACCUCGACCCUCUUGCGCUGCUUGAGCAGCAACCCGAAAGUAACGGGUCUGCCGGUCUUCUCGAAAAAGAACUUGGCUUACUCAACCAGAAUCACUCAGGACAUUUUUCGGACGAUGGAACUGCGAUCUCAGAACUUUCCUACAAAACCAAUGAGGCCGAAGACACCUCGCAGGACGCUCACGUGUGCGGCAAAUGCCGCCGAGAGUUUCUGGAGCUCGGCGAGUUCCUUGCGCACAAGCGGGCCUGCACCGGCGCGCUCGGUCCAACUCCACCGCAGCAAGAAGACAGCAAAUCAGACGAUGGAGAACUGCCUCCUACGCACGUGACCCUCGAGGCGCUGCGUGGUACCAAGGUAGCAGUAGCGCAGUUCAACUCGCAGUCUUCCAACGACGCUCCGGCUCCGCCUGCGCUACAGGACGCGUUGGUGACUCUGCGACAUCAGCAGGCCGUGCAGUUGCAGAUUCUGCAGCAGAUCGAGGCUUUCGUACAGAACAAUGUUGCCCAUCCGCUCGCGUCUGCGCUUGGCCAUGAGCGGGCCGACUCACCGAAGGUUCAACCGGCCGACACAACGAAUCACGACGAAGAAGCCGACGAAUCGGAUCGAGCGGCGGACGAUACCCCUAAAGGCCCUCGGGGGCCAGCUGCAGUUGACAGUGAUGACGAGAAAGAUGAGCGUUCACGCAGUCCCACCACCCGCGACCAUACUCGUGACAUUUCACGCAGCGGAGGAACAGACAAACCUAUGGACCCCCUCAGUGCGUUAGGUGCACUAUGUGCGCCUUUACCCCCCGAUGCUGCUCCAGAAACAACGCCUAACCAACCAAAUACACUCGAGCUGCUGCAGAAACACACCGAGAAGGCAUUGCAGAAUACAAUGUCAGGUGGCUCGUUUCUGCUCAAUGGGCUUGGGGCCUUCCCCGACGAUGCCAAUGGCGAGGGGAAAAAGGGUGACGGCAAAGAUAACUACUUCAGGCACCGAUGUCGUUUCUGCGGCAAAGUGUUCGGUUCGGACUCCGCACUGCAGAUCCAUAUCCGGUCACACACCGGAGAACGACCCUUUAAAUGCAACGUGUGUGGAAACCGAUUCUCCACCAAGGGAAACCUUAAGGUGCACUUCCAGCGGCAUAAGGCCAAGUACCCGCAUGUUAAGAUGAAUCCACAUCCGGUCCCUGAGCAUCUGGACAAGCACUUCCCGCCUCUAGAACCCCCUGGAGAGCGGGUGUCUCCACCACCUAACCAGCUGUCCUUGGGACCGCUGCCUAUUCUAACGGCUGCUGCAAAUGCACCACUUCCCCUGGAUGAGAAUGCUCGGUUCCGUCUUAGUCUAGGGCUCGCAACCCCACAUAACCCCGCGGCAAAAUCACUGUUAGGCGGAGGCGAUCUCCGAUUAACGACUGCGGCACCUUCGGAUUUUCACCUGCGCACGCCUUUUUCCGAACGGUCGUCGGCGGAAGCUUCGACAACAGCGACACCUACAGCAACGACGACGACAACCGCUCCCGCGGCCGGCGUGAACAGUGUGAAUCCGCCUGGUAACACUGACAACUUGCCGCUUCUGCCGGGAAACCCGGUAUCGGCGCCUGGACUGUGGCAAUUAGCCAAGGAGCUGCAAAAAAGCAGGGACCAAAUGUUCGGCCUUGCUGAACCAACGACAAACACCGACGCCCACGAGGACGACGAUGAAAAUAGUAAUGCGAGUGACAGAUCGCAACACGAAGAAGCUGACCGUGAACGGAACCCGAGCGCGAGUCCCGCGCCUUCAGGAGGCCUCAAGGACCCCAUGAACGCCCAAAACGAGCAGAGACCGAAGAGGCACCCAAUGGCAGACGAAGAUGACGGGCUUGUCGGUUUGGAGCCCAUUGAAAAGCGGAGACGCACCACCGAGGACUCAGACCCAUGUGACCCGGCCGGACCCCUUGCACUGGCGCUCGGAGGUCUGCAAUCACAAUCCCAGGCGCAGUCCGUGUCAGCGUCGGACAAAUCGGAAAUGUCUGAAGGUGACGACGGCGCUCGACCUGGCGCCUCGCCUGAUGGCCUGCCCUUGGGAGAUGCCCCGCCGGGCUACGAAUCGUGGGAAGAGCUUAUGGAGGUGGCCACCGAUACCGAGUCGGGCAUCCAGAAGCUCGUCGAGCUGUCGGCCCAAAACGGAGGAGAGCCGAACCAGUGCGUCAUCUGCCAACGAGUACUCAGUUGCCGAAGUGCGUUACAGAUGCACUACCGAACUCAUACCGGAGAAAGACCCUUCAGAUGCAAACUUUGCGGAAGGGCUUUCACCACAAAGGGUAAUCUGAAAACACACAUGGGCGUACAUAGAGUCAAGGCCCCACUUAGAGUUAUGCAUCAGUGUCCUCUUUGCUCCAAGCAGUUCACCAACUCGCUCGUGCUCCAACAACAUGUCAGGAGUCAUAAUAAUAACACCGACUCCACAAGCAGUACCGCUGGACAGCCACAAGACCUCAGCUGUGCAUCGUCGCCAGGUCCAGCACCGUCUCCCCGAGCCACGCCAUCUCCCCAGCGCCAGUCACCUCCAGCAACACCAAACUCGAGGGCAUCUCUUGAGCAAAUCGACUUUACUGCUCGUUCGCCGAGCGUCGGUCUGCCAAUAGGAGCGACUAAUGAAGCUCCUAUGGCAAGUGUUCACGACGAAGGCUCCCGGUCAUCACCUGAUCUCCGGCCGGAAGUGACCUUCCGUGAAGGGGAGGCGGAUUCCGAGUCGGGCAUGGUUGCCUUGGCGCGUCUCAGCAGCUCGCCACUAACCAACCCCGCCAUGGUGCCAGAAGCGCUUGCCAGCUUCAUUCCCGAUCUGACGGCGAGCCGUCGUAAGGCGACGAUCGAAGCGUUGCGUCGCAACUCACUCAAUCCCGAGCGGGCAACCGAAGGACCUGAGUCACAGGAGGGUCGCCAGGCGGAGAAUGGCAGUGAAGUCAUUGCCGCCAACGGUUUUGGACAGAUGGCCCGGAGUUCGCACCUCGCUGGAGUGCCGCUUUUGCUGAGUGGGGGCACCUCGCUGGCGGCACUCGAGUCGUUGACGAACGGAGCACAAGGAAUUGGCGGCAUCGCCUUGGGGCUAGUUGACGGACACGCCAGUGCUAACGCCGGAGCCGGUAUCGCCGACCGUCGUCGUUCCUCGCCGAAACAGCAGGAACCCGUGCUCGACUUGUCCUCCAAGCCGCUGUCCAAGCUCAAUACGGCUAAUCCGACUGAUGCAGCGGCACUAGCUGUUACGAAUCUCUUGCAAACCAUACACAAUCAAGUGAAGCCUCCUACACAGGCGGAGCUUUUAGCCCAGGGUAAACUAUUACCAGGACUGAGGUUUCCGGUCGCGCCGCCAAAUGGAAGGCCAAACACCACCUGUCAGAUUUGCUUCAAAACAUUCGCUUGCAAUUCCGCGCUAGAGAUCCACUACAGAAGUCAUACUAAGGAGAGGCCCUUCAAGUGCGCGAUCUGCGAGCGUGGUUUCUCUACGAAAGGAAAUCUGAAGCAGCACAUGCUCACUCAUAAGAUCAGGGAUCUCCCUCCCCAGCUAUUCACGCAGACGAAUACUUCUCCAGGGGCGUUGCCCAACCCCAACGCAAAGCUGGGCGCGGCCGCUCCCCAAGCCCUCCAAGUUCCGUUGCUGCCGACUUCACCGGUGAGCGGCGCCGGUGACAAUUCCUCGGACUCGUCGCAAGGAACGUCACCGUCGACGCAGAGCCCGCUUGGCUCAUCAUCUUCAACUCCGAGUAGCAAGCACGUCUGCACCUACUGCCAGAGACCCUUCUCCAGUUCCAGCUCUCUCCAGAUCCACCUUCGAACUCACACCGGAGACAAGCCGUUCCGCUGCGCCGUGUGUUCUCGUGCGUUCACGACGAAGGGCAAUCUAAAGGUGCAUAUGGGCACGCAUGUAUGGAACCAGCAACAGAGUCAGCAGCUUGCCCUGGUCAAUCCGAGCACCCCUACCUCACAAACCAGCCCGACGCCUGCGAACCCAACCACAACGCCGCCAGUGAUAUCAAUACCCGGUAAAACAGACAGCAAGCGCAGUAAUAGCAACAGCAGCAGCAGCAGCAGCAGUAGUAGCAGUAAGAAGCUUGAUACUGUUGACCUCAACCAAGUAAUGGCGUCACGACCGGACCUCUACUACAAUCCUUACUUGUCUGCUAGCUUUUUCAAUGCCGCUGCGGCCUCUGGAGGCCUGCCCGGCCUACUAACAGGUCCUGAGGAUAGUCCACUUCCGCUUGUGAACAAAGGUGGAUUGCCUACGGACGCAAUGUAUCCCCUAUCGCUGGUUAAGCACCUUCAGCAACAAAUGCAACACCAACAACAACAGCAACAGCAACAACAACAGCAACAACAACAUCAGCAGCAGCAGCAGACGCACAACCCUCACGGGCCAACGCUGCCGUCGCUGAGCGCACCGUCCCCUUUGCAUUUGCUUGCAAGAGGUUUGACAACCGGUGGACCGAUGAUGGCCGAGAACGCCGAUGAGCAAACGGCCCACGGUGGGCACUCGGCUUCGCCUGAAACCGGCUUGAGCUCCAAGUUCGAGGCCGAUCCUGAAGCGCUAUCUCUGGUCAAGAAGGCUGGCUCUACGCAGCCAGAUAUCAAUGACAACGAGCGGAACAACAAAGAACAGAUUGUGCGUCUAGCGGAGCAUGUCAAACAGGAGGCACCCGACGAGUCGCCUCUGGCCUCAACCGAAGUCGCCCAAUAAGUGACCCUCUCCCCUCUUUCGAUAUAUUUCUUGAGUAAGACUGACGUUACGGCAGCUUACGUAGUCAACGAGUGGAUGCAUGCGACAGGUGGUAAAGACGCCGCAUAACGCUGCACCGAAACAGGAUGGCUAAAUUUAGUUCAAGCAGUAGUCAAAAGCUCGAACUAAAUCGAUCAAAUUCAACCAAUAAAAAGGCGCAAAAGUACCAUCCUGUAUGCUCUGACAUCUUCCUACGGCCAUGAACAGCGUGGCCCUACAUUUUUGUGUUGAGCGGCAGAUGUCGGCAAUUUUGACGAGGAUCGCCGACGGUGUAUAUGGCAUACGACAUGGGUGAUGCUUGGAUGAAACCUAUGAUCUAGGUCAAGUCAGAAGAAUACAGAGAAAAAAUAUAAAGGAAGAUGUAAGAAGCGAGGGCAGAAGCGACAAUGCCGAAGACAGAGGAACAAAACGUACGGACAGGAAAAACCGAUCGACGCAUCCGAGAAAACACAAAACUACCACUUCCAUUACCAUUAUUACAACCACGACGAAGAGUUACGGGAGGUGGUGUGCAACUAUAGCUUUCAACAUGUUCAACUGUGAAUUGUCAAAUCAUGCUGCACCGGCUCUCACUCAAACAUUGGAACAAAGCAGAAACAGCUGAUGCUGAACAAUAAAUAGGAAAAUGUAACAUGAAAACGACAACAGGCAUGGUUAAAAUUAUGAUCGAUCUUUCCCACCGUCUAGUGCGUUGAGAUAGGAAAGUCAUAAUAUAGGGCAAUAUUGGCCGCGAAGUAAGUCACUUUCGACUGAAUGAUAAAUAAAUAUUGUAAUCAUACUAAUAGAUCGUGACGAUACAACAAAACAAUGGCAUCAAGCAACUAAUUUAUUUAGUAUUGUUAAUAUUCUGCUCUACUUCCACUGAUUGAACUCAUAUAAUGCUCUUUGUCGAUCUUCUUAGCUGCCACCGUGUUCAGGGUAUAGGCUAGUAUUCUUUUUGUGGCAAGGAUGACACACAACGAUCGACGAUGAUGAUGAUCAUGAGCAGACGACGAUGAUUUUGAUCAGUAGUGCAAUACGGACGACAAACGGCGAGAGAGGAGAAGCUAUGGGGGCUAUCAAUGGAACAAAAUAAACUGCAACAGGUAACAUAGUGGAGAAAUCUAAUCGACGAACCCUACCGCACAUAAGGUGAUGAGUCACAGGACACUGAAGGCUGGCAAAUCGAAACAUCAACAACGACAAGCUAACAGCUAGUUCAGAAAAUGCAACACGUCCUACCGAUUGCGCAAGGUCGGUGGGGCUUAUCAGGAUGAAUCAAAACGAUGACGCUAAUGAACGAACUCAAAAU